GAACAGGAGCCCACACUCCCCACCUGACACCAUGACCCACUGCUGCUCCCCUUGCUGCCAGCCUACGUGCUGCCGGACCACCUGCUGCAGGACCACCUGCUGGAAGCCCACCUGUGUGACCAGCUGCUGCAGCACACCCUGCUGCCAGCCCUCCUGCUGUGUGUCCAGCUGCUGCCAGCCUUGCUGCCGCCCAACUUGCUGUCAAAACACCUGCUGCGGGACCACCUGCUGCCAGCCCACCUGUGUGACCAGCUGCUGCCAGCCUUCCUGCUGCAGCACACCCUGCUGCCAGCCCACCUGCUGCGGGUCCAGCUGCUGUGGCCAAACCAGCUGUGGGUCCCGCUGUGGCCAGACCAGCUCCUGUGCACCUGUGUACUGCACGAGAACCUGCUACCACCCCACUUGUGUCUCUCUGCCUGGUUGCCUGAACCAGAGCUGUGGAUCCAGCUGUUGCCAGCCCUGCUGCCGCCCAGCCUGCUGUGAGACCACCUGCUGCAGGACCACCUGCUGCCAGCCCACCUGUGUGUCCAGCUGCUGCCGGCCUUGCUGCUGCUGAUCAGCACUGCCAAGGACCAUCAUCCUCACACAACCUUCUGGCUAUUUUUUCUGAGACAGAGUCUCACUCUGUCACCCAGGCUGGAGUGCAGUAGCAUGAUUUUGGCUCACUGUAACCUCUGCCUCCCCAGUUCAACAAAUUCUCCUGCCUCAGCCUCCCAGCUAGCUGGGAUUACAGGCCUGGCUAAUUUUUUGUAUUUUUAGUAGAGACACAGUUUCACCAUGUUGAUCAGGCUGGUCUCAAACACUUGACUUCAAAUGAUUCACCUGCCUCAGCCCCCCAAAAUAUUGGGAUUACAGGCAUGAGCCACCUUGCCCAGCCCCCACUGACUUAUCUUUCAGGGGACAAAUUUACUUUCAAACACAGAAUGCUCUCACCAAUUUCUUUUAUAAUGUUUCUGCAUGUUAAAAUUCUUGUGAAUAAGCUUGAGGGAGGACAGAGGACUUCAUCUUGAUUCUCUUUUUCCUUACGCUUUGUGGAUCAUGUGCCAGCUUCCUGUGUCCUCAGUUUGGUCUCAGCUUUGACACUAAAGUCAAGAGCUUUAUUCUCUGCUUCUCAGAAAUUUAGAUUUCUGCAACUGAUCCAUAAUAUUCACAAUCAUAUUCUCAUUUUCAAUUUCCUCCUUAUGGUUUUUUACCCUUCUUUCUUCUUUUUACCAUAACUCUGGGUUAUGUCCCUUGUAGCACAGAUUCCCACAUAUAUGUUUCUAAAUAAAUUCUGAA